CGGUAAUGCUGCGCCGGGUGCGGCAGUGUCUCCGGCAGGUGCUGCUUCUGAUGGCCCGGAGACCGGAUCUGCUCUGCGGGGCUGUCGUGCUCAGCGUGCUGCUCGUGCUGGCGGUCAAGUUCACGUACAGCCGUGCUAAAGAUGUGGUGGCGGCGGCUCGGCCUCCUGUGCGGUUCUUCUCUUCCGAGGCCCCGGUAGUGGAUCUCUACUUGGGUCAACUAGACCAGGUGGAGCGCCUCAGGAGCAUGGCUGAGGUGUCUUUUAUUUUCUUCUACGCUCCGUGGUGUGCCCACUCCAUGGCUGCUCGACAAGAAGUGCAGCAGGUAGCCAAGAAGCUGGCUAAACAGGUGCAGUUUGUGGCCGUUAACUGCUGGUGGAGUCAGGGGAAAUGCAGGAAGCAGAACCGCCUCUUUCAGUACCCCGUCACCCAUCUGUUCUACAGCAGGUUUGGGCCAAUAGAGUACAAAGGUCCACUUGUGGCUUCAUACAUAGAAAGUUUUAUCCUGAGAGUCAUCACACCUCUGACGUACCUCCCAUCGAGAGCGCACCUUGACGAGUUCCUCUCAUGUCAUGAGCCUCGUGUGGUGGGUUUCUUCCAGUUUAAUUCCUCUCCACAGCCACCGGGGUACAUCACAUAUCUAUCCUCUGCCCUGCAGGCCCUUAGAAGGGAUUUUCGUGGAGUUGUGCGCUUUGGAAUUGUGACUAGCAAGCAAGUGGCAGAAACUAUUUCAGUUAGAGCGGAUGAAACCAUUUACCUGUACAGAAGAUUUAACUCCUCCUUGAUCUUUCCUAGAAAGGAGCGAAACUUCACAUCAAAUGCCAUCUGUAGCUGGGUGUUUGAACACCAUGAGACCGUCCUUCAGUGGCUCCAGCCCCCUGAAACAAAGUCGUAUCUGCUGGAGCAGGAGUUGAUUAAAGGCCCGGCUCUCCUGAUGUUUGUGCCACACAAUCCACUGGGCUCUAAACCAAACUCCAUACUACAGCAGGUUGCAGACAUUGCCCUGCGUUAUCAUUCCUGUGACCGCUCCAGCUCGGACUACGCUUUCGUCUCUCACUCCAUGUGCUGCCAGUCAGUUGUUCUCCCAGAGUCGACUGCAGAGGUGUGUGAGGUGUGCCUCAAUGUGUCUGGACCCAGCCUCCCUGCCUCCUCCAUUCGCUGCUUAUUUCCCUCCAUCACACAGGGAGGAGACAUGUUUCAGACUAAUAUAAAACACUGCUGUCUCCACCGACUACCUUCUUCCGCCUCUACAAACGCUGCAACCUCAGCGGGCUGUAGCAGUUUCCUGAACAGCUACAGUCCAUUUACUCUAUUCAGUGCCUGCUGCAAAAAAGCAGAACCUCAAUUCAGUGAAUCACAAGCCAAAGAAGAGCCAUACAUGCAAAGAGCUCUCCCACCUUCUCCUCCUUAUGCUCCUCGGCAGGAGGGAGAUGGCAUCACAGGUCUAAGCUGUCAGACUAACAGGACGCUCAGGUUUUACGUGCUGGACAUUGCUCUGAACUGGCCUCUGGCAGUGAGGCUCGGAGCAUCAAGCAUCCGAAACGCUUCUACGCAUCAGGAGUCUUCAUCACAGGCUGAUGGGAGCAGCGAUGGGUCAUUUGCAACUAUUGUGAACCUGAAGGACGAGGUUCAUUAUGUUCUUCAUCGCAGCCCAGCAGCCACGCUGACAGAGUCUCUGGAGGCCUUCAUUACGAACUUCAGCGCCCCGUACAGCCUCCUAAAGAGACAUUUGGUCGGGGAGGAGAAGAAGAAGAAGGAUGACGAAGACAUCAAGCACCCAGCUGAACAUCCCCUGUCUCCUCCCCGCCUCCUCAUCAACGAGUUGACCACCUCCUCCUUCCUGCCCUCCAUCAUGGACCAUCAAAAGGAUGUGCUGCUGUUCUACUACACUCAGUGGUGUGGAUUCUGCUCUGGUCUGAACCACGUCCUCAUUCAGCUGGCCCGGUUACUCCAGGGAAACAGCAGCAUCUCUGUGGCCAGGGUGAAUGUGGCCCGAAACGACCUCCCUUGGGAGUUCAUGGUGGAUCAUGUUCCUUCCAUCCUCCUGUUUCCCAGAUACAGAAAGCAUCUAAGUGUGAAGUUUCCAGCUGACCUUCCCAUCACGUUGCCCAACCUCCUCCGCUUCAUCCUGCAGCACUCUAGCUCCUUGCGUCAUGGGGACAAACCAUCAGCUGAAGCGCGGGAGACGGGACCCGACGCCAUCCUCCACUCGGAAUUUCUGGCAGUCCAGCAAGAAGUUCGAACUCUGCAUCACGCCCGCGAACGUCUCUCCCGACAGCUGGCGCAGCUGUGGCGGGAUUACCGACAGCUGAAGUUUGACAAACGCAGCGUAGAGGAAAGUUUGGAGAAGCAGCUCCAGGAGAAAAGCCAGCAGCUCGCCGAAGCUUUGAGGCGACUGCAGGAGCUGGCGGACACUUCUGAAAGUCUGCUGAGCGAGAACGCUCUUCUCAGGGUCCUGCUGAGGGCGCUGAAGGACAGGACAGAGGCUAGAGAGAAAGCCGAGGGCUACAGGACAGAGGCGGAACAGAUAAGAGGCCGUGCGGCUUCAUGAGUCCGAGCUUGCAGAGACAUGGAGACGAAAGGAAACGGCACCUGGAAAUAAAAGGAGUGAAUUAGAGGAGGAGAAACAAACGCUGCAGUUAGACAUGAAAAUCCAAGGAUGAUAAUCCUCCAGAAAGAACAGGAGAACGUGCUGGUUGGUGAGUCGGGACUCAAAUGCACAAAAGAGGAUAAUUCACACAGAAGGAAUACUAUAAAGUGCUUUAAUCCUCAUCCCUCAUGGAUACACUAGUUAGAAAAUUCAGUAAGACCUGUUCCGUUUGAUAUUCUGCGUCUGCAGAGGUCACGUCUUUUUCAGGAUAAAGGCGGCUUCAGAACGCCAACAUCAAAGUCCACCACUACCAAAAUGGACAAAAUAUA